AUGGACCCUAAAAGCCCACUGGGUCUGGGCCACCCGACACCCAGUUUCACCGAUCUGCGGGUUGAUGCCCGUACGACUGACGAUGCCUCUACGUCAAGCGAGGAGGCGGGUGGCUCUUUCCAUGUCGCUGAGCGUCGCAACGUCCUAAAUGGGUGCAUGACCGCCCUUCCCAUCAGCUCUCAACUUGAAAUAACUCAUUCUGCCCGCCCCACCGAGUAUCAUAGCUACUCUUGGGAAACUUUGAAUGACCCUUCGACCUUUGCCGCCGUCGACAAAAUUUUUAAUGCUACGUCAACCACCAGCACCGGCUGCACCGAUGACAGACCUACGAAGAUCAGGCGUCUAUCCAGCGCCAUGAAAAGUUCGAACACGAAGGAUGCGAACUUCAUCGAAACUUCAAACAUCACUCGCGCUUCCAACACUAGCCCGCAACUCUGUCAUUCAACCAUUUGCACGUCUUGCAAGAAGCCCAGACGCUCAUCCGGUCAUGGACAUCGUCUUCCAGUUGUCCCCUCACCAAUCAACGGUCCCUCUAGACAUGGAGACACUGUUCAAAACCUCCAACACAGUGAUACGGCUCGUCCCAAGCUUGUAGCCCUGGCGACCAAGCCGACCCAGAACAUCUCACUCCCCUAUUCCUCUGCCCGCAGCGUUCCCAUUCCCAGCCAAGGAGUCCCGAAUGGGUCCCCUAGCCCCGUCAUGACCAGCAGCAUGAAAGAAUCUCAUACAGGGCACGGUAACCCACUUUCAACUGCGACCCCUAUCGCCAGAGUUGCCAACAACAUCAACAUAUCUGCCACAGUUAAUAACAGCCGAUGCUCGUCUGCACCCCCAAUCCCAAGGGGUAGCAGGGCCAGCACCACGGACCAAUCUUUCGCGUUCAAAGGCAACCGGUCUUCAACCGCGAUGCCCAUCCCCCACAUGGCCAGCAACAUGGCCCCAUCUGCCACAGUCAACACAAUGCCACCCUCGCCCCCCAUCCCGAGCAUGGCCAACAACGGGAGUCAACAUGCCACAGUCAACCCCAUCGUACCUGCACCCCCCAUCCCCAGUUUAAGCAUGGCCAACAAUGUCACUCAAGCCGCCACCACUUGGCCCCGUUGUCGGGGCAGCACUAGGCAACAGGUUUAUCAUCCGUGCAAACACUCACCGGCUCACUUGGCGUGGAAGCGCACAGCCACGCAGUGUAUGGACUGCCUAGCCAAUGCGCCCAGGGGCAACAAGAGAACCAAUGUCGAGGCUCGCGUUGCAGCUGGCCAUAAUCCUUGCUCAAAGUGUUUUGUCGAGGAUGCCCGUCCGGGCGGUGGGCUUUGCGAGGAUUGUGUGGCGAUGGGCAGGAACAACCUCGCCUUGAGAAACGCGGGCAAUGGCAAGCGCAAGCAUGCGAAUGCGAACUAG